AAUGCUGAUCUCAGGCAGAAGCUCCAGCCAUUCUCAGCUGAAUGCCUUGGGCUCAGGUGCAUGAGGACAUGACAAGUCCUCUUCUCCUCCCUCCUAAGCUCACCCCGAUUAUGUCUUUUUGUUGCCUUCCCAGGUGGGUGCGUUUGCUGCUGCGUUUUGUCCCCAUCCUGCCUAACACGGCCCUCGGGAGAAAUUCUGGACGGUUUACCCUCAUCCCCUCUCUGUGUACACUCUGAGCACACAAACAAUGCCAUAGCAAUGCCUGGGCCGUGUCCAUUCCCAGAAUAUUCCAAUCCAUCUGUGCUUGGCCUGGAGUUACUCAGCAGAGUCCACAGUUGGUUGUGGUCCCAUGUGGGUUUUUUCCUUGUGUCUGUGUGAGCCGAUGAGGGGUGGGAGGUCCCAGGGCCAGGGCCCAGGAUGGGGUCAGCGGUGCCUUCUGCGUCUCCUGCAGAGCUGGGGGCAGCCUGGGCUCGCGGGUGCUGGCAGGAGCAGGUCCAAGGGCUGCCUGUCCCUGGCACGGACAGGGCUCCCCCCAGGGCGCUGCUCUCUCUCGGCAGAGCCUGGGGGGCAGAGCCUGGGGGGCACAGACCCCGAGAGGCCGCACUGGAGCAGCAGGGAGGGGCUUGGGCUCCACCCUCGGCGCUGGGGCUGGGACGCCUCUUGGAGCUGGCAGGGGCAGCAGAGGGCAAGGGCAGAGCCUCAGGGCCCUCCUGCCCGCACGCACAGCGGGACAUGGUCCUCCUUCUCCUGGCAGCGCUGCUGGCACUGGCAGCGUCGGGUGAUGCCCAAAAGGAGUCUGUGCUCCAGUUCCCAGCACAGAUGACCAUCCAGGCAGGACACAGCGCAACUCUGCACUGCAAUUUCUCCACAAGCGAUAGCUAUCUUAACCUCUUCUGGUAUCAGCAGCACCAGUCCCAGUCCCCUCAGAUGCUGCUCUGGGUCAACAAGUACAAAGCUCGCGUGGAUGCAGGGAGGUUCACCUCUCUGAUGUCUGCAGAGAACUCCCAGGUGUUUCUGCAGGUGCAGGAUGCAGAGCUCCAGGACAGCGCUGCCUAUUUCUGUGUGCUGAGCCCACCCUGGUGCCCAGAGCGUGCAGCGCUGCACAAUAACGUGGGGGGUGCUCUGGGGAGCAGUUCCCUCCCUGCCGCUGCUUGCCUGGAGCUCUGAGCUCAGCCUGCCCAGCAGCAGCACCUGGGGCUGAGGGAAGGUUGGGCCUCUGCCUCUGCAGCCUGAGCUGCUGACAGAGCUCUCCUUGUGGAAGCAGAGAGUUUUGUGUCCAGGAGCCCCUGGACUCCACCGAGGCUGCAGAUGUUGAGGCUGGGCACCAGAAGUUCCAUUGUAGGGAACCUGUACAGCACUACCUCACUCCUGACUUCAAUGUAAACAUCCUCACUUCCAAAGGGAGAGAAAUGCAGAAGAAAAAUUAGUUUGAAAGGGAUUUCCAAGGGUUCUCUUUCCACCCUCCUCAGCUCAUCGCAAUUGUCCCUUGUUUUUGCCUCCCCAGGUGGGUGCCUCGUGCUACUAGGUUUUAACCUCAACCUGCCCGACACUGGUGUCACACCCCGAUGGAGACAGAGUAGGACUCAGUACUGCACUUAAACAGUUAGCUUAAUAUCUGUAAUGUCACAAUUCUAAGUCAAAAGUAUAAGCUUUUAUAUAAUUCUAUAUCCUAUAGCAGUGGCGCUUCUGAUAAGGGAACGGUGGAUUGCUUCGCGUCCCCCUGCUGGUGCCACCUCCACCAACUUGUAGGGAUCCAAAACACUCCAGGGUCAUACCUCAAGCCUUUUCCAGUGCACGAAAACCACAGUUUCCACAUCCAUAACUCAUCCAAGUACAACAUAUGUGGGUUUCUAUUCACAAAUCUUAUUAAUACUCCUGCAUUCAGGAUCCCCUUUGAUUCUUUGUUCAGUGGCUGUGGUAUAACUUUGCUAUAUGCACACACUUGCUUUGAUAGGCAGGACGGGGUGGCCAGGGGCCAGUUUAGUCACUCUGGUAGGCAAAGGAGUGGCCAUAAUGGUUAUUCUCUACUCAUCUGACUGCAUUACUUUGAUGUGGCCAAUGAUGCAAAGUGGCCACCACACUUUCCUCUUGCUCCCCUCCAUCCUGCAACUCUUCAGCAUCUUCAAGGGGGAGCGACAUGUGUGCCUGUAGUGACAGAACAGGGGUUUAAACUGAAGGAGAGGAGAUUUAGGUGUAACAGAAGGAGGAAUUGUCCACACUGACGCUGGCACAGUUCCCCAGAGGAGCUGGGGGUACCCCAUCACCGGACCUGUUCAAGGUCUGGUGGGUGAGGCUUCAAACUACCUGAUCUACCUACAAACGUCCCUGUGUGUGGCAGAAGGGUGGACUCAACGAUCUUUCAGUGUCUGUUCCAAACAAGUGUUCUCUCAGUCCAUGCUCCCAUGAUUCUCCGAGAGCCUCAGCCUUCCCCGACGGGGCCGCUGCUGCUCUGCUCACUGGGGCACCUCGCCCCACCCAGCCCCUCUUGGCCAGGGCCCCGAGCAUUUUCAGCACCAUCACCACUGCCAUCGCCACCAAGAAUCCACAUUGAAGUUGGCAGCGGGCUUCUUCCAAGCUUGUCCAUUGUUUCCCCCAGAAAUCUCCGCCAGCACUGGGAAGCCAUCCUGCAGAGUCAGGAGUCUGAGCUCAGUGCAGACAGGAGAAGCUGAUGGAGAGAGGACUGAAACCCUCACACUCUCUCCCCGGAAUCCAGACCAUGAGGCUGUUGUAGAGGACUUCCCUCCACGCCAAAUACAGAGCCAUUUGUUCUGUGGGUAAAGUCCUGGAGAUAGGAGGAAAGCCCAUAGAGCCUUGUCCAGACCCACUGGGGCUCAAGGGUUGCCAAAGUCACAGCUCAGAGGCAGUCGGGCUCUGUUUUGGAGCUGGGACCGGGGAAGGAUGGAUCUCAGCUGUGGCUCCCCAGCCUGUGCAGCACUGAAAAAAGGAGUUGGUGGGGAGGGGUGGGGUGUCCAAGCUCAGGGACUUGGGACACAGGAGCGUCAGAGCAAUGCCAAGAACAAAAACAGGGUGGGUGGAGAACGGACUGAGAGCAGCCCUGAAGAGAAGGACUUGAGGAGCUGGUGGAUGAGAAGCACUGCAGGAGCUGACAACGUGAACUCACAGCCCAGAAAGCAAAUGGUAUUUGCAGAGCAGAACGUGUGCAAGAGUGUGCUC